GUGUGGUUCAAGCAGCGAGCCUGUCGCGCACGGUCUGCUUUGCCUUGCGCCCGUCUGAAAAGCAUUAGAGAUCAUGCCUCGCAAAGGCAAGGAAAGCUGCCAUGCCAUCAACCCGGCCGAAGUCAUGAAAGAGACCAUGCGCAUUUUAGAGAAGUGUUUCUUCAAGCAGGACGGGCUAACUGUAAAACUCGACCGCGGUCGCCUGAAGAGCGCUCCUGACCGCGCGUUCAAGUACGAAGACUGCAUCGAAGCGCCGAAGCCAGCGACGACGCGUCCAUGUUGCAUCCGACUGGGCGAGGACUGUCUGGACGCUGCGGCGGCGCUGUGCGCCGAGCACCCGGAAAGUGUGCCCCUGGUCCUAGACUUUGCCAGCGGCUCCAAUCCGGGCGGCGGGCUCAAAGGCAACCAGCAAGGCACCCAAGAAGAGGACAUUUGCCGCAGGACCAGCCUGUUGCCAUCAUUGGAAAGGCAAAGCUAUCCUUUGCCGAGGCUGGGCGGAAUUUAUGCGCCCGACAUCUGCGUGUUCCGAGGUCCAGGGAAGAUUGGCUACCCACUGCACCGCCCUUUUUGGAUCUCGGUUUUGGCCGCUGAAAUGCCGAACUGCGGCGACGACCAGAAAGACCAGGACUUUAUCGCAAGGAAAGUCCGCGGCGUGCUUCACAUGGCUAUACAACAAGGUCAUACAUCCUUGGUUUUGGGCGCAUGGGGCUGUGGAGCAUUCGGGAACGAUCCCAUGCUGGUGGCGCAGAUUUUCAAGGCUGAGAUUGCCAAAGUGGGCCACUUGGACAUCAUCUUCGCCCUGGGGCGAAGCCAAACUGCCGCGUUUCAAGCUGUUUUGGGCCUUGGCGCUGGUCUGGAUUCACAUGGCCCAUCCGUUCAAGCGCCUGCGGAAGCCAAGGAUAAGGAUGCCCCUGAAGCCGCCAAGGAUGCAUCGACAGAGGAAGUGGUUGAUGAAAAGUGAUUGCCCGAGAUGUUGUGACUCAAUGGAGGUGCCACCGAGCAGUUGCGAGUCGGUUCCAAGCUCAAGUCACAGGUCAUGGGACCUUGCCCAGCUCGGAGCGCGGAUCCGUUGCCUCCACUGGUCAGCCAGAAACCUGGAGUUUGAGUCGCGCGCCCUUUUCUACACCAUGCUGCAAGGGACACAGCUUUUCAGCGCCCGCGAAUCUCGGGCAUUGUGAAGAGUGCACACGGCGAAGUGCAAGAGCAGUUGGCGCAUCCAGCAAAUCCAAGCCACUGAAGUUGCUUGUGGAUGAUGGUGGUUGCAGCCAGGUGCAGGCUGAGUCUUGCUUGCCGUGUGGCGAAGGCUACCG